AUGAAGCACAGAUCCACCAGAUACCUUUCUGCUAUUUCUGCUGCUCGAGGACUCCAUAAGUCUGCACUAGACGUGGCGGAGCGUCCUGCCCCUGAGGAAACAGUGACCAGCAGUUUUGGCAGGUUCAUUCAGAGCAUCCAGCCAAGGCAUCUGUCACCAACCGUGCUGCAGCGCAGCAAACGCAUGGUUCUGGACAGCAUCGGCGUUGGGCUUUUGGGAAGCACCACUGAUGUGUUUGAACUUGCCCUUCAGCAUUGCCAGCACAUGUACGCUCCUGAUGACGUCAGCUUCGUCUAUGGGCGCCAAGGCGUGAAGCUCUCUCCAACCCUCGCAGCAUUUGUCAAUGGAGUAGCAGCUCAUUCGAUGGACUUUGACGACACUUGGCAUCCCGCGACCCACCCCUCUGGAGCAGUACUGCCUGCCCUCCUGGCUAUAAGCGACAUGUUCCACAACAACAGCAAACCAAGUGGGCUUGACAUUCUAACCGCUUUCAAUGUGGGCAUCGAAAUCCAAGGUUGGCUGAUGAGAUUCUCCAACGAGGCUCACAACAUCCCUAAGAGGUUUCAUCCUCCCAGCGUGGUGGGCACUAUGGGCAGCGCAGCGGCCUGUGCUCGCCUCCUCUCUCUGGAUCGCAAUCAGUGCAGUAAUGCCUUGGCCAUCGCUGCAUCUUUGGCAGGUGCACCAAUGGCUAAUGCAGCAACGCAGUCCAAACCUCUCCACAUUGGUAACGCCUCGCGCCUGGGUCUCGAAGCAGCCCUGCUGGCAUCCCGUGGGUUGGAGGCAAGUCCUCUAGUGCUGGAUGCAGUACCCGGGGUCGCCGGAUUCAGUGCAUUCUACGAAGACUACGCACCGAACCCCAUUGCUUCCCUGGAGGAGCAUGAGCACAGCUUCCUCAUAGAGACGCAAGACAUCGCGUUCAAGCGCUUUCCCGCACACCUCGGCAUGCACUGGAUCGCCGAUGCCGCCGCUGUCGUGCACAAGACCCUGGUUGGUCUAAAAGGAGGCAGCGUUUCUCCAAACCUGGUGCAGGAAAUCCUGCUUCGGGUGCCGCUGUCCAAGUACAUCAACCGCCCAUUCCCGGAGACGGAGCACCAGGCACGCCACUCCUUCCAGUUCAAUGCCUGCACCGCUCUGCUGGAUGGAGAAGUCACGGUGCAGUCCUUCCAUCCGGAGGCCCUCCAGCGGCCCGAGCUCCUCGCGCUCCUCUCCCGUGUCCGUGUGGAGCACCCCCACGACAACCCGGCCAAUUUCAAUAUCAUGUACGGUGAGGUGGAGGUCACCUUGGUAAGUGGAGACGUCCUGCGAGGGCGCUGUGACACCUUCUAUGGUCACUGGAGGAAUCCACUUAGCCAGGAAAGCCUUCAGAAGAAGUUCCGCAGCAAUGCAGGCGCAGUUCUGUCCAACGAUAGGGUGGAGAGGCUGAUCGAAGCGGUCGAAGGCCUGGACCAUUUAGAUGACUGUAAACCACUGCUGGCUCAGCUGCAGUAAACAGCAUGCUGCUUUAUU